GAACCAUCAUCCGAGCUGAGAUGGAAUACGACGUUUCUGUGUGAAUGCAGAGAACACGCGGCCCAGAACCUCCCUGAAAGAACUACUACCAGUAAAAUGUUUAUCGGCGGACUGAGCUGGCAGACCUCACCAGAUAGCCUUAGAGACUAUUUUAGCAAAUUUGGAGAAAUUAGAGAAUGUAUGGUCAUGAGAGAUCCCACUACGAAACGCUCCAGAGGCUUCGGCUUCGUCACGUUCGCGGACCCAGCCAGCGUAGAUAAAGUGCUAGGUCAGCCCCACCACGAGUUAGAUUCCAAGACGAUUGACCCCAAAGUUGCAUUUCCUCGUCGAGCGCAACCCAAGAUGGUCACAAGAACAAAGAAGAUAUUUGUAGGCGGAUUAUCUGCGAACACUGUUGUGGAAGAUGUCAAGCAAUAUUUUGAGCAGUUUGGAAAGGUGGAAGAUGCGAUGCUGAUGUUUGACAAAACUACCAACAGGCACAGAGGGUUCGGCUUUGUCACUUUUGAGAAUGAAGAUGUUGUGGAGAAAGUCUGUGAGAUUCAUUUCCAUGAAAUCAAUAAUAAAAUGGUAGAAUGUAAGAAAGCCCAGCCUAAGGAAGUCAUGUUCCCACCUGGGACGAGAGGCCGGGCCCGGGGACUGCCUUACACCAUGGACGCAUUCAUGCUGGGCAUGGGGAUGCUUGGCUACCCCAACUUUGUGGCAACCUAUGGCCGCGGCUACCCCGGAUUCGCUCCUAGCUACGGCUAUCAGUUCCCAGGCUUCCCGGCGGCGGCCUACGGACCAGUGGCGGCGGCAGCAGUGGCGGCGGCCCGCGGAUCAGUCCUGAAUAGCUACAGUGCUCAACCGAAUUUUGGCGCGCCCGCUUCCCCGGCAGGCUCCAACCCGGCGCGGCCCGGAGGCUUCCCGGGGGCCAACAGCCCAGGACCGGUCGCCGAUCUCUACGGCCCUGCCAGCCAGGACUCCGGAGUGGGGAAUUACAUAAGCGCGGCCAGCCCUCAGCCGGGCUCGGGCUUCGGCCACGGCAUUGCUGUGAUGCCCUCGGACCUGGAACCCCACCAGCCUCACUCCUCAUCCCAACCAGAGAUGGCUCACUUCGGACGGAGGGUUGGCUACAUCUCAUCAUCUCACGAUUCUGCUGUAAUAUAAGACGACAGCUUUUAAAUGUGUAUAUAACCCAUGAUUUUGGUUUUGUUCUGUUUUGUUUUUCUUGAUGGUUUCCCAUUCCCUUCUCUCUCCCCCCAACCCCUCCUUUUAAAUCUCUCUGAAUCACGUUUGGUAGUGAUUUUGACUUAGUGUAGGGGUCACAUAGCUUUAAUAUCUAGUUAAAAGCUAACCAUAGUACAGCUGUUAUAUUAAGGAGUUUUUUUUUUUUUUUCUUUCAAAAGAUUCUUUUGGGGCUUGUUUUGAUUCUGUUCUCACUUUUAAAGGAUGCUGAGAUGGUAAUAUUACUCUCAAUGUUUUGGUACCGGUUCGGAGACUCUGAAAUGUCAGGUAGAACCUGGCACACACUGAAGCGACGUUGUGGCGUGGGGAGCAGGAGGCGGGCCUGCGCCUUCUCCUGUGCGCUGUAGAAGUGAGCUGUAGUAGGCUGAUGACCAGACUGUAGCAUUUCCUUUGUGUGAUGUCUCUUUGUUAACCUGAGUAUAUCUAUUUUCGGCAAUAAGGUAAGGACGACAAUGUUUUGGAGUGUCCUCCUUUUCUAUAAGUGCUUUUUUUUUUCCUGUUGAAAGAGGUGAUAUUAUAAGGUUUUUUGCAAUUGUGAAUUCUAAAAGAGAAAAUGUUGUAAAUACAAUUCCAUUAACUACAUAGAAACUAUAAAGAAAGAGAGAAUCAAAAAUAUUUUUGUGAGGGCGUUGGUCCCAGGCAGUUUGGUGCUCCGUGGAAGGUGGAGGGGAGGGGAGCUGGAUGAAGUGGGUGACGGAGCCAGGAGCAGCCAGCUGCUGGGCAGCCCCAGGAACCGCAAGAACACUGCUGAGCGCCUUGUCUGCGUGAGAGGCCUGUAUUAGGAUCCUACCAGCCUGUUAACCUCUCGUCUGUGCGCAGCUUCAAAUGUUACUGUCUAGUUAGAUUUUUAUUUAAAAUAUGAAAAACUGCUUUUCCCAAGACGUUUUUUAAAAAAAAACAAAGCUACAAUUUUAAUAUUUAACAUAUUUAAAGUUUCAAAGCACACCUGUUUGGCUUGGGUGGAGGGGGUGGGGGGGGCCUUCUUUUUCAGUCUUAAUUUUUAAAGAUUUGAUCAUUUUCUAUUGUCCGAUCAUUUCAGCGCCUCCAAAGGUCUUUAGGACACUCUGCCUGUCUUCACCGCGCCCCCCCCCCACCUCGCCCCCCAACCCCACUCCGGGGGCCCGUGGGUCAUACCACCCUUUCUCCAUCCACUUUCUAUUUACAAAUUAGGAAAGCAACCUUUGGGUUUAUAUAUUUUUUUUAAUACCUCAGUGCUGCAAGUAUCACCAGAGAGGCUAUGGAAGAAAAAAAAUUUUUUUUAAUUUAUUAUAGAUGUAAACAGAAUUUUAAAAAUAAAAAGUAUAAACAUCACUGCACUGUGACUGGUGGGAAAAAUGGACAGUUUCCUGUUUGCACAUGCUUGACAUUUGGCUGUUAUAAUAUAUGGUCCUCGGUCGGGGAAAGAUACUUCUGAUGAAGGAUAUUUUUUAAUUUAACUUUUUUUUAAAUGUUGGUAAUAGGUCGGCAACAGCAACUAUAGAAGUACAACUCAAUAGAUGGCAUUAAAACAUAUUGUAGUGUGGAUAUAUAUUUUUUUCUUUUUUAAAAUGUGAUAUUGACGUUUUAUUAAUAUUUUUUAAAUUGUUACGUUUAUAAAUUUGGUACUUAAGGCACAGCCAGUAUGAGACACUGAAUGCGACAUUUAUUAUAAAGAGCUGCUGCACUCCUAUUUUUAUAAAUUUUACUAACAAAGUAGACUAAUGUAGACAUUCACAGACACGGUAGGGCAAACAUGUCUUCAGAUGACGAACUGCAAAAUGCUAACUCAGAAAGGAAGAAAAAAAGCCUUUUUUAAUUCUACUUAAAUAGCAACGACAUCAAAAAAAAAUCAUGUCCUUUGUUUUCAUGUCAGGUUGUUUGGUGACAGUUUUGGGUUUUUUUGGGAUUUUUUUUUCUUUCUUUCUUUCUUUUUUUUUUAAAUUUCCAAACAACCAGAUUAAAUAAAAUGCUGAACGCUUUUAAAAUCUCAAAACUUGUUCAAGUGAUAAAAUAACAGAAGUUUUAUUAAAAAAGAAAAAAAGAACAAAAAGAGACAGUAAAUCCCCAGGAACGCGAUCUAGCCUCGGGGAUGGACGGCUCUCGGGUCUGCGUUCGUGUCCUAUGUGAUUCCCCUUCCUCUGUACCCCUCAUGGCCUCCUAGAAGACUCUGUUGAUCAUUGUCUAUUAGUAAUGUCUACAGUGGCUAUCUUGUAAGCGUGCUGUCCUGGUACUAGUGCAGUGACUUUUUUUCUCCUCUUUCUUCUAGUACAUAUUGAUAGGUAUAACGUAAUUAAGGUUUAAAAAAAAAAUUAGACAUAGUUACUCAGAUUUAGGACCAGUAAGGAUAGAACUUUCUCUUAUUUAUGGAAAAAAAAAUUGCUAAUAAUUUUGGGGCAGUUGUUUCCUUUAAUUCUUUUUUUUUUUUUCAAUUUCAAGUUUAAGUUUAUUUUCGCUGAUCUGAUGUGGUUUCAACUAACCCAAGGUCUCACCACAUUCAAAUGCCGGCCGACUGCGGCGUUUUGUAGAUCCCCACCCCCCUUCUCUGCAAAGGGGCGUGCCAUACUACCUUAAAUGCUAAUGCUAGAUAUGCAAAACUGGAUUUUUUUAAUUUAUUUUUUAAAAGAGGGAGGCAUGGUAUAUUAAAAUGAUUUUACUAAGAGAAAAAAAAUAUUUUUUUAAGAAUGCUCAGAAGAAAUUGAUAAUCUGUGUGAAUAUGUUUUAGAUGUUUAUAUACCUUUUGAAGAGACCCAGUAGCCCAUAGCACAAAUCUUGUGGAAAUCUGACACGUUUCAAUGUGGCUACCUAGGUCAAGGUUCACGUGAGUCCCCCCACCCCCUCAUCUAGAAGUCCAUUUUGAAACAUUUUUGUAAAUUCUUUUAGCACUGAUGUUCAGCCUUGUCUUUGUUUCGGUUGAGCUCAAUGGCACUCUUGGGCACCACCUUUCGCCUUCUUCCCUGGGGGAGAGACACUCUCGGCUGAUGGCUUUUCCUGGAAUUACCAAGGAGCUACCAGGGGUCCCUCUGGCUUCCAGAUCCGUCUGCCUGAGACCCCUGACCUCCUGUCCUGAGCAGAGCCAGUGGCAUUGGCUCCCGGGCCCAUUCCUGGUUCUUCCAGUCCUCGGGGCUGGCGGAGGGGACCAAGCUGCCCGCCUCCUCGCCCAGAGCCCUCACAGACUGGGUUUGUGGCCUUCCUCGUGCACCGGGUAGGAAAACCCAACAGCCUCGAGCUCUAGCCUGGGCACCCGUUGGCUUGAUUCAGAUGAAGCCCCCACAGGCCUUUGCGUUUUUAUCCUUCAUAGCCAUCAUCUUAAUUUGAACUCGUAGCUUGGACUUUAAGGUAGCAUGGCUCUGCUGCUGUGGCUCGUUUCACUGUGCAGCGAUUCACAGCCAGUGAAUGUUGCACACAUCUUGCUAGACUAGUAGAAAAAUCAUUGGGUAAUUGUUGCUUCUAAUGACCUGAAAGGUGUUCGGUUUUCGUUUUUUGCUUUUGUUUUGUUUUGUUUUGUUUCUUGAGUUUCUGAUUUUUUUUUUUUUUUUUGGAGGGGGGAUUCUUUUUCAUUUGGGGAUUUUUGAAAAAAAUAAAAAGAGAUUAUUUUUGGUUCCAAAUAGAAAAAACAAAACCUAUUUUGAUCUUUAGUGCAAACGAGGGCUAGGGACUUAGCCUCCACCACCACACUGCUUCACUCUGCCAUUCACUCACUGCAGCAGAUUCAAGAAUAAAGCAAUAUGGUUUACUACAUUUUUUAUCAAAGGUCAGCCAUGCUUUCUGUAUUAUAUUGCAUAUGAAGUUGUUUACAA